AUGGGUGUUCGUGUACCGUCCAUGAUUGCCGGCGCCAAGCAAAUUCUGAAGCUGCAGUCUCAUAGUAUCACGAGAGAGACACAAAGAAAAAGGUUCGUGCUUCCCAUAUCGGUGUUGAACCAUCCUUCUUUCCAGGAUUUGCUUAACCGGGCUGAGGAAGAGUUCGGCUUCCAUCAUCCCAUGGGUGCUUUAACAAUUCCCUGCAGAGAAGACGCCUUCUUAAUUCUCACUUCACGAUUGCAGGCCUUAUAG